AUGAAGUUUUUCAGCCUUCUUACUCUUGCUUCCUUCGUCACGGCCUCUCCUUUCCGCCGGCAACAACAAACCGUCACAGGAACCAUCAAGUCCUCAGUCGACACUCUAUCUAGCUCCACUACGGUAACUCUGAAUCAGAUCGAUGAUAAUGUUGCCCUCAUCAAGAACAACGUAGAGGCGCAGCUCGUCGCACAAAUCCAAGCCGAUCUCAAGGCCAAUUAUCAAGCCAUCCUCCAGGGCCUGGCCGCUUCCACAACCACGAUUGUCAGCGUCACUAUAGGAGCAGCUGGUGGUGUUGCUGCCCAAGCCAUUGGUCUCGCCAACCAACAAAUCGCCACACUCACUGCCUCUAUCCUCGUGGUUAUCGACAUCCUUGUGAACCUUGGGGCCACUAUCACCAUCACGGCCACAGACCUGACUCCUGCUCUGCGAGCUACUUUCCAGUCUGAGAUCGACGCUGUCAAGGCUGCCAUCAACCCCUUUGUUAGACCUGUUCUCCUCUUCGCGGCUGCUGUACGAGACGCGAAUGUUGGCGGCAGUGCUACUAUCACUGGCCUCGACAAUGCCAUUGUCAACCUCCUCAGAGUUCAAGGCGAGGUCGCGGCGUCCAUCGGUAUUCCUGCCCCUAGUCUCUAA